AUGCCGAGCUGCGGAGGCCGGGGGCGGGGGGUGUGGCGGGGCUGGGCCGUGGUUGGGGAACACCCAAGGGGCCCGGGCGGCGGGGCGCGCGGAGGGAGGUCGCGGCCAGGUCAGGGCAGCCGCUGCGCGGGGCCGGAGGCAUGGGCGCCGGGCGCCUUCCCCGCCGGAGCCGUGCGCUGUCGCCGCCGCCGCCGCCGCCGCUGCUGCUGGAGCCGCUGCCGCUGCUGGAACAGCCCCCGCAGCCCCGGCACCCAGCACCCACCCCACCCCGCUCCCACUCCCCCAAGCCAACCCCCGGGACCUCGCGUCAGGCUCCUGCAGCCAAUCCGGGCAAAGGCACGCCCCUAUCUUGUUUCCCCCCCCACCCCCCGCACCCUCCCACCUCCCGCACCCCCCUCCCACCGGCCGUUCUGCUGCUCGGGGGAGUCCGGGGGCAGAUCGCCGCACGAGCGCCGCCCCCGCCCCCGCCGGUUCCUGCGGGCGCGCCCUUCCCGCGCUCGCGGGCUCCGGGGCCCCGUGCCCUUCUACCCCACCACUGCGCCCGGCUCCCACCCCCGUCCCCGCCGCUCCCCGAAGCUCCCACUCUCUCCCGCAGUCCGCCCCCUCCCGCGCCCUUUCUGCCUCUGGCGUUUGGCUCCCUCCUUGCGCCCCCGCUCCACCGGCAUCCUCUCCACCUCCAGUGCCCAGGUUCCCUGCCGAGCCGAGCGCGUGUUCGCCUUAGCGGGGAGGGGGCCUCGGCGUUCUCCCAGCGCCGGAGCGCCUCGGACAGUCUGUCCUCUGGGGUUGGAGGAGUUCGGCUGCCGGGUUGUUUCUCGGAUCCGGCAGCCUUGCAGAGUGUGUUGUAAAACCCUUCCCCCGUCAAGAGGGGACCCAGCCAGCCUGCGUCCUGCCAGCUCGGGGGACCGGAGGCGGGUGUCAGUGGUUAGAGGAAAACUUUCCAGCAGAGCGCCUUGCCGCCUUGCCGGAGCAAACCUGGCAUCUGUCAAGAACGCUCUCUGUGAGAGCUCUUCCUGCAAGGAGCUUCUGUUCCAGUGCAGUAGACGCAGAAGGCAAGCGAAGGUUUGUGCAUCUGAACAGCUAACGCUGAGGACCAGUUGGAAAAUCACAGGCUCCUCAGCCCCAGCUAAUUACUACCUCCAGCAGCACCACUAUAGGCCACGGCAUAAAGCAGAAAACUCUUCGUUUUAUGCAAAACCAAGGGUGGCAAAGAAGGCAGCUUCCAACGAGUGGAAAUUGGAUAAUUGAAUCAAUGUGUUCUUUUUUAAAAGCGAGAGGAUGUAGUAAAGUAUCUAAUUCGGACUGAGGGCGAGCAGAAGGGCUUCUCAUGUUUCACACUAAAGAUGGCCCCCCAGAUAAGUGACACGCAGACCCUGGUGGGAACAGUCACCUUUGUUGUAGGAUUACAGCCAGGCACAAAGGCACGAAUGCCACAGGCUGACUGUGGUCAGAUCAAGACGUCAUGUAUGCUGAAUCUCUUCUGGGAUUCAGACGUCUUACAGUUGACUUGACUUAUUCAGCACUGAGACUGUUAGUCUCUACUCCCUCCAGACUCCUCCUCCAGUCUUCCCAGCUCAGGAAAUAGCACUGCCAUUCACAUAGGUACUUGGGUGGAGACCCAAGGGCUCUCCCUGAGUUUGCCCCUUUCCACCCCUCCCCAGAUGCAGUCCAUCAGCAAAGUGCUAUGGGCUCUGUGUUUGCAACACGCUCACCUUUUCCCUGCUGCUACUUUGGUCCAAGCCACCAUUGGUCUCCCACUAGACCCCCCGCAACAGACGCCGGCAACUUCCACUCCUGCCCCUAGAGUUUAUUCUCUGCUCUGUAGCCAAGAGUGGCUUUUAAAAAGAUAUAUACGAUCUUAAAAUAAUAAUUAGAAAAAAAGAUCACUUAGCUUUUCCUGCUUCAACACCCCCAGUGGUUUCACACUGCAAUUAGAACUAAACCCAAACUUGCUUCUGUGGUCGCAGGCGUAUGGUAAUCUGUUGGCUGCCUCCCCUUUCCUUCUAUCUCCCUGGCUCUCUGUGCUUUACCACACUGGCCCCUUUGUCCCUUGAGCUGGUGCCUGCCACAGGGACCCUGAACUUGCUGUCCCUCUGUCAGAAAUUCCACGGUGGUUCUUUCUCACUCCUGAAGCUUCCACUCAAGUGUUACCUCCUUAGGGGGUCCUUGUCUGACCACCCCGUUCCCCAAACUCAGCCAGUCUUGGUCUUAUCAUACCAAUCUCUCUUUUUUUUUUUUUUUUUCAUUAAUAUAUCGCUGACAUUCCACAUCCUUGUAUGGAAUUACCUUAUUUAUAUCUACGUGUUUAUUUUCACUUUUUGGUGUUUGUGCCCUGCCUUCCUCCCCCUUUCCCCAAAUAUAAGCCCCACGGGGACAGGAAUUUUGUCAGUAUUCGUGGCUGUCUCUCGAGACCUUGGAUGACGCCUGGCAUCUGUGAGGCACAGAGAAAGCAUUCGUUGGACGCUGUUGAAGGAGAAGAGUUCGACUCCCACCUGGUCCUGAAUAAAUCCUCUUGAUUCAC